ACACCAUAGCAGGGUACCUUAUAUAUCAACACUUUCCUGACUCCUCCCUGUUCGUGCUACUUGCCCUUCACCCCAAGCCUACGUACUCGAUAUCUGUGCAAAAACAACCUCGGCUCUAUUAGUCUUGUUCCGACUUGCCAACACCAUCCGCAGUGCAUCCGCCUCGCCCAUCAACGCUUACUGUACCGCCUACGACCGAGCACCACUGCACGACGGAAUAUCCAAGCCCAUGAUCGGCGCGGCGCAGUCUACUGCACCCAUCACGUCUCGCGCCAUCUUGUAUAAUCAUAAUCAUCGACUCGACUAAACGAAUCCCCAGAGGAUGGCCGUGACGGACGAUGGCUUGCACUUUCCAAGUCAAGGCCUCGUCCUGAAGCAAGGACGAAAACAGUACCGCACGCCUGUGCGCUCUUUACAUUGGCAAUUGCGAUCCCUGAUAAGCGCCGACAAACACAACAUUGUAUACCUUCCCGGUGGACACGACAGAAAUCAAGUCUUGCGCCUGAACACCGCGACCUGCGAAUGCGACCCGGUCAAACUCCUGCCCUUCACCCCGCGAUGUCUAGUAUCCAACGGGACGUGGUUAUGUUGCGGUGGCGAGCGCGGGGAAUUCGUAUCCAUGAACAUAGACGCUUCUGCGGGUAGCGAUUCGGCCACAGGGAUUGGCGAUGCAUUGGGCCUCGACCUCGAUCCCGAAACGCAACUACCGUUCGGAUUUACAACAGCGGAUGCGGAUUCGAUAUCGGGCUUACUUGCACACGGGCGAAGGUCGACCAAAAGCUUCAUUGCCAAGAGUGCCAAGUUGACGACCAAGGGAGAUCGAAUCAACGGCAUCACCAUUUGGUCGCCCUCGGGGCGAGUCAAAACACACGACAAGGCAUACGCCUUUCCCGUUGCAGUUCUGGCGAACAAUGACAGGACCGUCAAGAUUGUCGGCCUCCAUUCAUCGGAGGACAACGACAAGAUCGAACCCCUGGCAACGAUUCGGUACCCCGACUAUGUCAAUCGAGCAGUCAUCUCGCCCGAUGGGAACAUUUUGAUUGCUGUGCUCGACGAUCCUUACAUGUACGUGCACGUACGGGCUGAAGAUGGGUACUCGUGGGAGCUGAAGCACAGAAUCAUGCUCAAGAGCCAAAAGAAGGAUGACGAGACCCCUAUGAACGGAACAUUUGCCGCUUGCUUCUCUCCAUCGGGGGCCUACCUGGCGGUCGGCACGCAACACGGAUGUGUUUCCGUCUUCGAUGCUCAGGACCUCCUUGAAUGGGGUGGCGAUGCCGUUCUCAAAACUUUCGAGUCGUCCAGGCCUUGGACCGACCACGGUGCUAUUCGUGACAUGGCGUUCUGCCCCGGCCCGUACGAUCUUCUAGCAUGGUCUGAGGAUCGUGGUCGAGUUGGCCUAGCAGAUCUCAGGAGUAAUUGUGCCAUCCGCCAGAUUGUCGAUAUCAACAAUCAAGCAGAUUUUGAGCAGAUCAACGUCUUGGAUCGCAACACAGUCGACCCUAGACUGCUGGACCGCCGGGGCGAGCAACGCGGUUCAGCUUUGACCUCGUCGCUGGGCCACCUCUUUUGGUCUGAUAACCUCAGACGGAAUGAAUCGGGGGAGGAUCUGAUGGACUACCGAAACUACCCGCUGACCCCGAGCGAUACUGAAGUUCUCGAAUCCGUACAGAACGAACGCCGGAGACGGGAGUGGGCUAGGGACAGGGCUGCUCAGGCACGUGUAGAACCCAUGGCAGCCAGAGUACGUGACCUCGCAUCUACACUUCGAUACUCUGGAGGUCCGCGGCAUGAGGAUCCAACACCUCGGGAAGCUGGCACGCUCAACCCUAGCAUCAAUCGUGUGGCAGAUCUCCUGGGGAACUUUCGCGAACAGCGAGCAAACGUCCGUGUACGAACUACCGGUCGUUUGUACCGCGAUGUAGCUCGUGACAGCGGCAUGCAGGCCACAUCCUCCUCCAACCUGGGUCAGCUACCACCAUCGACCCAGUGGGAACGGCCAAGAGUGGAGCGCUUAGAUCCAGGGAAUUCAGUACGAGGUCAGGAGCCAUCUUGGAUGGGCGUACGCGAUCAGGUCAAUGCACGUCAGCGAGAGCGAGGCCCGAAUGACGACGGCCCGGACCCUGUGGACAUGCUGCGUGCUAUCAUCCAGCAGCGCGAAGACAAUCCCACCCGCGAGACACCAGACAUGAGUGUGCAGGACGGACCGCCCUGCGAUGACCAUACCGCAGGCCUGGCCUGGAGCGCGGAUGGACGUAAAUUCUAUUUGGCUGCCUAUAAUGGCAUUUACGAGUUCAAGCUUGACCUGCUUGGAAGGAUGUUGUCACCGAGCAUUUGCCUUCGCUAAAUCGAACAGAGGCUACCCAAAGGCUACGGGCGAAGGUUUUCUUUUGUGUAUGUAAACGAAGUUUAUGAAACUGGCAGCGACCAGGCGCAUAGGAGUUACAGAUGUUGGAAACAUUGGUUUGGUUGCUUUGACUCUAAUUACUUCGGCGCGAGGACCUUGUCUUGAUAUAACCUAUCACUAUUGAACCUGCC